AACCUGUUGCAACUGGCAAUUGUAGCAGCAUGCUCCUAAGGAAGCGCCAGCGACAGGGACCAUGCAGACUUCCGUUCCGGCUGCUCCUUGUGAUGCUGGGAUGCCUCCUGAUGAUGGUGGUCAUGCUGUACCCGCCCCCACCCACCCUGCCCCAGGAUGCCACGGCCCGCACCAGCAAGCGCAGCUCUGAUGCUGGGUACCGCUUGGAUUUUGGAGACUCCCAAGAAUGGGUCCUGGAGACUGAGGAUGAGGGGGAGGAUUAUAGCUUCAUAGACAAUCUACCGCCCUUCAUCUCACUGCGGGAAGAUCAGCUGCUGAUGGCUGUGGCUUCACCCCGAGCCAGGAGGAAUCAGAGCCAGAGCAGAAGAGGAGGCUAUCGGUUCAUCAGACAGGCAAGCAGGAGGCAGGAGGAGGAAGCCUCAGAGGAGGAGGAUGGGGAGGUAGCAGAAGAAGAGGCACUCACUCUGCACAGCCUGGACCAACAGGGCCUCAAAGAGGGGCACAGAGCCCGCAUCCCCCUGCGGAGGACCCUGCCAGAGGCCCGGCAUCCACUGUGUCUGCAGCAGCACCCCGAGGGCAGCCUGCCCACAGCCAGCGUGAUCCUGUGUUUCCAUAAUGAGGCCUGGGCCACCCUCCUGAGAACUGUGCACAGUGUCCUGGACACGGCACCCAGGGCCUUGCUGACAGAGCUCAUCCUGGUGGACGACUUCAGCCAGCAAGAACAACUCAAGUCUGCUCUCAGUGAAUAUGUCACCAGGCUGGAAGGCGUGAAGCUGAUUAGGAGCAACAAGAGGCUGGGUACCAUCAAGGCCCAGAUGCUGGGGGCCAACCGGGCCACAGGAGAUGUGCUGGUGUUCAUGAAUGCCCGCUGUGAAUGCCACUCCGGCUGGCUGGAACCUCUCCUCAGCAGAAUAGCAGGUGACAGGAACCGUGUGGUGUCCCCACUCAUAGACGUGAUCGACUGGAAGACUUUCCAGUAUUACCCAGCCCAGGAGCUGCAGCGCGGGGUGUUGGACUGGAAGUUGGAAUUGCACUGGGAACCCUUGUCAGAGCGUGAGAAGAAGGCUCGACCAUCCCCCAUCAGCCCAGUCAGGAGCCCUGUGGUACUCGGAGAGGUAGUGGCUGUGGAUAGAUAUUACUUCCAAAACACUGGAGCAUAUGACCCACUCAUGGCACUGCAGGGUGGAGAAAACCUCGAACUCUCCCUUAAGGCCUGGCUCUGUGGUGGCUCCGUGGAGGUCAUCCCUUGCUCUCGGGUUGGGCACCUGUACCCAAAUCAGGAUACCCGCACCUCCCUGGACAAGAAGGCCGUCCUGAUGAAUAAGGUCCGCCUUGCUGAGAUCUGGCUGGGCUCCUUCAAAGAAACUUUCUACAGACACAGCCCAGAUGCCUUCACUCUGAGCAAGGCUGUGAGCCUAGACUUCAGGGAGCGAAUAAAGCUGCAAAGGACGCUGGGUUGUCGGACCUUCCACUGGUUUCUGGCCAACAUCUACCCUGAGUUGUAUCCAACAGAGCCCAGACCCAGAUUCACUGGAAAGCUCCGCAACAAGGGUCUUGGAUUCUGCGCAGACUGCCGGGCAGAAGGAGAUACCUUGGGCUGUCCUGUGGUGCUUGUGUCUUGUAGUAACAGGCGACAACAGCAGCGCCUGGAACACAUUGGCAGGAAGGAAAUCCGUUUUGGAAGCCCGCCACAUCUGUGCUUUGAUGUCAAGCAAGAGCAGGUAAUUCUGCAAGACUGCAUCCAGGAAAGCUCAGCCAUCCAUUCACAGCUCUGGGACUUCCAGAAGAAUGGGAUGCUUGUCCACAUUGUUUCCGGGAAGUGCGUGGAGGCUGUGGAUGAGCAAAGCAGCAUGGAUUUGUUUCUGAGUCCAUGCCAGGAUAAAGCCAGCCAGCUGUGGCGGUUUGACCAGGUCCACCCUGUGGAUGAGCGGUGAACACAUGGACAGAGAGGAAAAGACUUUUGACCAUUGCAGUUCUGCCCUAGGGGAGCUGAAAGAGCAUGUAGAUGUCAUGAAUCAGUCCCUUCUGUGCUUGUGCUCCUGGUAGUAGACAAAAGAAAGUUCUGUGAAAGAAUGUAGAGUCUCUCCUUCUCACACCUUAUCUUAUUGACUGCUGACUGUGUAAAACAGAGCCGGGCACCAGUGGCUCAUACCUAUA